UCUAUCUAACGGAGUUGGCGUGUUGCUGAAACCAGCACCACUGUGUGCGUAAAGCAGCACACCACAGGAGAGAGAGAGAGAGAGAGUUACAAAACGAGUGUGUGACGAAGCCAUUUCACCAUUUUCACUUCUCUCACCAAGUCACCAAGCAACGAAACCGAGAUCAAGGAGCAUUGCAUUUUCAGCUUCUGUUGCAAUCGACGCAGCUGCCGGAUUUCUCUGCCUCGAUUCCCGCAUUUGCGUCGCGUUUAGCAGGUUAACAAUUUAGGAGUAGCUGUCUCGUGUUAGUUAUCUUCAAGUUUUAUUGAUGAAUCUGUGAAUAUUAAAUUUGUACUAGUUGUGUUGUCUGGCUGAAAGGAUCCAAAAUGAGUUGGAAUCCACACAUGGAAAUCCACCAUUACAAUAACAUCAGCUAUCCCUAUAGUACAGCAGGAAGCUUUAUUGAAUAUUUCGAAGGUCUCACAUAUGAACAUGUCAAUUUCAUCUUUUCUGGUGCAUCACAUGCUCAGGAAAGUUCAUACCCUUCAACUACAAGCUUUUAUAAGUUUGGACUUUCUGAACCUGACAGCACUUCAUACUAUCGUUAUAAUCAUGGUUAUGAUGUAAAUCAUCAUCAUGAACCACUGGUUGACGAAUAUAGGAGGCCUUUGGAAAACUCAACGACUGUCAAUGAGCAUACUGCAGCUGUAAAUACAGAAUGGGGAGAAGGGGUAAACAAUACCACACGAGACAAUUCUAUUGAGUGUCCACGAAGACAUCAUAGUAAUUCCAAUGAUUAUCAGGUUGUUUGGCAAGACAGUAUUGAUCCUGACAACAUGACCUACGAGGAACUACUUGAAUUAGGUGAAGCUGUUGGAACCCAAAGCCGUGGUCUUACCCAAGAGCAGAUUUCGAUGCUUCCAGUUUCAAAGUACAAGUGUGGGUUCUUCUCAAGGAAGAAGUCGAAGGAUGAGAGGUGUGUGAUUUGCCAGAUGGAGUAUAAAAGAGGGGACAAGCGGAUCACUUUGCCUUGUAAACAUCUCUAUCAUGCUAGUUGCGGGGCCAGAUGGCUUAGCAUCAAUAAGGCUUGUCCUAUAUGUUACAGGGAAGUGUUUUAGCCAACAGAAAUAACCUCGGACAAAUUUGUAGAAGUAACCUGCAUAUGAUUCUAUUCUCCUUUAGUCUGGGGUCUUUCAUAGAAAUACAUUUAUUUGUUUCCUUUUUUCCUUAGUGAGACGAAUCAUUACUUGGUUUAGGGGGAAAAAAAUGCAAAGAUAGCUUUGGCGUGGGUCAUAAUCCCAAAGUUUUAUAAAAUAUUAUGGGACGAUUGACAAUUUGACAUGCAUCGUGUUGUAUUGGAUAACCUGGAUUUUAUGGUUUGUUUUUGUAUAACU